AACCAUGCUUAAAUUUCGAGAGUGGUUUUCAGUGGAACUACUACUGUUAUUCAUCAGCUGCCUUGAACUUGGUUCCAGUCAGAGUAUUGAGGAUAUAUUAAAAUUGGGUCAAGAUGCUUACAAUGAGGAAAGGGUUAAACCGGUUGAAUUACCAACUGAAAAUGAGUGUUUUGACUUCAUUAUUGUUGGAGCUGGACCAGCAGGUUGUGUUUUGGCUAACAGACUCUCCGAAAACCCAAAUUGGACUGUUUUUCUCAUCGAAGCUGGUUCAACGGAAAAUAUUGUCCAUGAUAUUCCAGCACUUACAAGUUAUUUGCCCUUGACAGAAUCUAAUUGGAAUUAUACCUCUACACCGCAGAAGAAGGCGUGUCUUGGUAUGAACGAUAAGAAGUGUGCUCUGCCUCGUGGGAAGCUUCUAGGAGGAUCGAGUGGCAUUAACUUUAUGAUCUACAAUCGAGGAAAUCGAAAAGAUUUCGAUCGAAUGGCAGAAGCUGGAAAUUUCGGAUGGUCAUAUGAGGAAGUUCUGCCGUACUUCAAGCGAUCAGAGAGAGCAAACUUGGAGGGUUUGAGAGAUUCUCCAUAUCAUAAUACGUCAGGUUUGCAGAGUGUAGAAUAUGUUAAAUAUCGAACUCAAAUGGCUGAGGCGUUUGUCAAGGCAUCCGUGGAUCUAGGUUAUCCUCAGACUGAUUACAAUGGCGAAUCACAAUUUGGAACAUCAUUUGUUCAGGCGACGACUCAAAAUGGACACAGACAUUCUGCAGCUAAAGCCUUCGUCUUGCCAAUUCUGAACCAAAGGAAGAACUUGCGUGUUCUGACCUUUGCGACCGUAACAAAAGUCCUCAUCGAUGAAAGCCUCUCGGCAUAUGGAGUUAAUUUUGUCCAUCAGGGUAAGAGCUACACGAUCAAAGCUAGAAAGGAAGUAAUUUUGUCAGCUGGGACAUUUAAUUCUCCACAACUGCUUAUGUUGUCAGGAGUGGGUCCGAGAGAUGUGCUUGAGGCUGUGGGAAUUCAACAGUUGGUUGAUCUUCCCGUUGGGCAGACGAUGUAUGAUCACAUGUCUCAUAUUGGCCCAACAUUCACCACAAACUCUACCGGAGCUACUCUCUUUGUCGAUCGAAUAACUCCCGACGAUAAUGCAAGAUAUCAAGCAGGUGAUCCAUCUACAAGAUUGUCUUCCAUUGGAGGAGUUGAAGCUUUAACAUUCAUAAGGUCACAACAAUCCAUUUCCAGCAAUGAUGGUGAUGAUCGGCCAGAUGUUGAGCUAAUUUUGGCAUCAGUGAGUUUGGCUAGUGAUUAUGGAACAGCUCUGAAAGAAAGUGGAAAUUUCAAGGACGACAUUUAUACUACAGGAUUUAAGUCCUUAGAAGGAACAGAACAUUUCACAAUAAUGGUUAUGCCAUUCCACCCUAAGUCAACUGGCAGAGUAUGGCUAGCGGAUAGCAACCCUUUCACUCCGCCACUGAUUGAUCCAAAUUAUUUCUCAAACUAUAAAGACAUUGAAGUUAUGUUGUCUGGAAUCAAGGAAGGACUUCGUUUGGCCGAAACACCUGCCAUGAUGAGUAUCAAUGCAACUUUGUUCACAAAUCCUGUGCCUGGCUGUGAGAACUUUGAAUUUGGAACUGACGAUUAUUGGAGAUGUUCGAUUCAAACUCUGUCCUAUACCCUGCAUCACCAAGUGGCUACAUGUAAAAUGGGUUCUUCAAGCGAUCCCAGUGCAGUGGUAAGCCCUCAACUAAAAGUUUAUGGAGUAAGAAAGUUACGAGUAGUAGACACAAGUAUUCUACCAGCGCCACCAACGGCACACACAAAUGCUGCUUCUUUAAUGAUCGGCGAGAAAGCUGCCGAUAUGAUCAAGUCUGAAUGGAGUGAAGAUCAUUAUGUUUCCGGUCUUUUUCAUGAAAUUUUGUUUAACUUUCAAAAAUAAAAGAGUC